AAUGGUCUUUUCCAGCUCAGUUUAUCGCAGCAGAAUUCGCAACAUGCCAUAAUUUCCUCACCGGUGUGGAUGCGUGCGUGUGUGCGUGGUUGACCCCGCAAAUCAGAUGUCAUCGUCCGACGCGGCUAAUUUUAGAUGAUUAUCGCUUCUCUUUGGUUAUCUCUGUAUGGACAAUGCCAGCAGCGGCGGGGACCAGCCGCACCUCCUCUUCCAUCGGAUCCGCGGCGCCGCUGCUGCUGCUGCUGCUGCUGCUGCCAGCUCCCUCUGAAGAAGCCUCCUAGGAUUGUGCGCUUCAUGCUGUAGCUCGUAGGGACUGCAGUAGUGACUGAUCCGCCGCCCGAGCCUCUGCUGAUAGUAAAGGGAUAAAAUAGCCAAGAUGAUGUGUGAAGUGAUGCCCACGAUUAGCGAGGACACAGCACUGAGCCAGCGCGGCUCCCAGAGCAGUGCUUCGGAUCCGGACUCCCACUUUGAGCAGCUGAUGGUCAACAUGCUGGACGAAAGGGAUCGGCUCCUGGAUACACUGAGGGAAACCCAGGAGAGCCUCGGACUGGCUCAGCAGCAUCUGCAGGAUGUUAUCUAUGACCGAGACUCGCUGCAGCGGCAGCUUAGCUCCGCCCUGCCACAGGAGUUUGCUGCACUGACCAAGGAGCUGAACGUCUGCAGGGAGCAGCUGCUGGAGAAGGAGGAGGAGAUCUCUGAACUCAAAGCUGAGAGGAACAACACCAGGUUACUUCUGGAACACCUGGAAUGCCUGGUGUCCAGGCAUGAGCGGUCACUUCGAAUGACUGUGGUCAAGCGGCAAGCUCAGUCCCCCUCAGGGGUCUCCAGUGAAGUUGAAGUCCUCAAAGCACUCAAGUCCUUGUUUGAACACCAUAAAGCACUCGAUGAGAAGGUUAGAGAAAGACUACGGGUUUCAUUGGAGAGGGUUUCUGCCUUGGAGGAGGAGCUCACAGCAGCCAAUCAAGAGAUUGUGGCCUUACGAGAGCAAAAUGCUCACCUUCAGAGGAAAGUUGCAUCUGGUGAAGGAGGAGAUGACCUUCUGGAGGGCAGUGAAGCACAACAAAAGGUCCACACCAAGCGCCUGUCAAAUGGUUCUCUGGAGUCGGCCCGCGAGGCGAGCCAGGUGGUGGAACUGCAGGAUCUGCUGGAGAAGCAGAAUUAUGAGCUGGCCCAGAUGAAGGAGCGCAUGUCCUCGCUAUCAUCCCGAGUCUCCGAGGUGGAGCAGGAAUUGGAGACGGCCCGCAAGGACCUCAUCAAGUCAGAGGAGAUGAACAACAAGUACCAGAGGGACAUCAAAGAAGUGAUGUGUCAGAAAGAGGACAUGGAGGAACGCAUCGUCACACUGGAGAAACGCUACCUGAGCGCCCAGCGAGAGGCCACAUCAGUGCACGACAUCAACGACAAACUGGAGAACGAGUUGGCCAAUAAAGAAGCCUUCCUGAGACAAAUGGAGGAGAAAAACAGACAGUUGCAGGAGAGGCUAGAGCUUGCAGAGCAAAAGCUUCAGCAGACUAUGAGGAAAGCUGAGACUCUUCCAGAGGUAGAAGCAGAACUUGCCCAGAGGAUAGCUGCCCUCACCAAGGCGGAGGAGCGUCAUGGGAGCAUUGAGGAGCGAAUGAGGCACUUGGAGUGCCAGCUGGAGGAGAAAAACCAGGAGCUGCUGAGGGCUCGACAAAGAGAAAAGAUGAACGAAGAGCACAACAAGCGACUUUCGGACACAGUGGAUCGACUCCUCACAGAGUCGAAUGAGCGCCUUCAGCUUCACCUGAAGGAGAGGAUGGCAGCUCUGGAAGAGAAGAACAUGUUAAUUCAGGAUUCAGAAGGAUACAGAAAACAGUAUGAAGAGUCUUUACAGGAAAAAUCUCAGCUGGCAGACGAGAUUGACAAGCUGAGAUCAGAGCUCGACCAAUAUAGAUUGAGGGCAGGCUCCCUCACAGAACCCACUCUGUCUCGGUCUCAUCUUGACACAUCAGCUGAGCUUCGAUUUUCUCUGGGAUCUCUGGCGGAAACCCAGUCGGACCAUUACCGCUCAGCCAAAGUCAUCCGCCGGCCAAGGAGGGGUCAAAUAGGUCUCCGCGAAACAAAGGCAAAAUCACUUGGGGAGCAUGAAUGGCGCUCACAGCAGCUUGGUGUUCUGGGAGGCCAUCACUUUGAGAGCGACACCGAGAUGUCGGACAUCGAUGAUGACGACAGGGAAACGUUAUUUAGCUCCAUGGACCUUCUAUCCCCUAGCGGCCACUCCGAUGCACAAACUCUGGCCAUGAUGCUUCAAGAGCAGCUGGAUGCUAUCAACAAAGAGAUACGGCUGAUACAGGAGGAGAAGGAAUCAACAGAGCUACGAGCAGAGGAGAUUGAGAACCGGGUGGCCAGCGUCAGCCUGGAAGGUCUUAACCUGGCUCGUGUGCACCAUCAUGGAGCCUCUAUCACUGCUUCAGCCACUGCGUCCUCCCUCGCCUCAUCUUCUCCACCCAGUGGUCACUCCACCCCUAAACUGGACCCUAGAAGCCCUGCACGGGACAUGGAACGCAUGGGAGUGAUGACUCUGCCCAGUGAUCUGAGGAAGCACAGAAGAAAGAUAGCAGCCGUGGAAGAGGAUGGCCGAGAGGACAAGGCCACCAUCAAGUGUGAGACGUCCCCUCCUCCAACACCUCGCACUGUACGAAUGACACACACACUGCCAGCCUCCUCGCACAAUGAUGCACGAGGGAUUGUGGCUUCUCUGGAGGCUGAAGCCAGUGCCCUAAGUAGCGUAGCCAGCAGCCAAGACUCCCUGCACAAACAGCCGAAGAAAAAAGGGAUCAAAUCAUCCAUUGGACGCUUGUUCGGCAAAAAAGAAAAAGGCCGCCUGGCGCAUCUAGCACACAGACAGGUCAUGGUAGAUCCUCAAGCCACGAUGAUGGACCCAGACGCAUUGGGCCAGGACACGGGGGUGGGCAAGUUAGGAACUCAGGCUGAGAAGGACCGCAGAUUAAAAAAGAACGGGCAUGAGCUUUUGGAGGAGGCCAGGAGGAAAGGCUUACCUUUCGCCCAGUGGGAUGGCCCCACAGUUGUAGCCUGGCUGGAGUUGUGGUUGGGAAUGCCAGCCUGGUAUGUGGCGGCGUGCCGUGCCAACGUGAAGAGUGGUGCCAUCAUGUCCGCCCUUUCGGACACCGAGAUCCAGAGGGAGAUUGGAAUCAGCAACCCCCUGCACAGGCUCAAACUUCGUCUGGCCAUCCAGGAGAUGGUCUCCCUCACCAGCCCCUCGGCCCCACCCACCACCAGAACUCCAUCAGGCAACGUAUGGGUGACCCAUGAGGAGAUGGAGACCCUGGCAGCUCCUUCCAAAACGAAGUCGGAUUCCGAAGAGGGCAGCUGGGCACAGACCCUUGCUUACGGGGACAUGAAUCAUGAGUGGAUAGGAAACGAGUGGCUGCCCAGUCUCGGACUACCUCAGUACCGCAGCUACUUCAUGGAGUGCCUGGUGGACGCCCGCAUGUUGGACCAUCUCACCAAGAAGGACCUGAGGGUACACCUCAAAAUGGUAGACAGCUUCCACAGAACAAGUUUACAGUAUGGAAUCAUGUGUCUGAAGAAGCUCAACUAUGACAGAAAGGAGCUGGAAAGACGCAGGGAACAAAGCCAGCAUGAAAUUAGAGAUGUACUGGUGUGGAGUAAUGAGAGGGUCAUCCGCUGGGUGCAGAGUAUAGGCUUGAGGGACUAUGCUAACAUCCUGCUGGAGAGCGGUGUGCAUGGAGCUCUGGUUGCCCUUGAUGACAACUUUGACUACAGCAGCCUGGCCCUGCUUCUCCAGAUCCCCACCCAAAACACUCAGGCACGUCAGAUUCUGGAGCGAGAGUACAAUAAUCUGCUGGCUCUAGGCACUGACAGGAGACUGGAUGAGUGCGAUGACAAAGACUUCCGGGGUCCGUCAUGGCGGCGACAGUUCCCUCCCAGGGACGUCCACGGCAUCAGUAUGAUGCCUGGAUCGGCAGAAACACUUCCAGCUGGGUUCCGUCUCAUUGCGACGUCUGGUCAUUCCAGAAGACUGCCCCCUGAUGUCCUCUUUGAGGUGCUGGAUGACAGUCCUGAUGACAUGUAUUUGGACUGGUUUCAAGGUCAGCUAUGUCCUCCAAAAAGUUCUGGGCUUGUCAGUCCCACAUCCAUACUAAUUUUACCUGAUCCUUCUCAUAUUGACACAACUUCUUUCAACCACUGCCCUGCUUCUCUCCUUUGAAAACGGUGAUUCUCUUCAACUUGACCUUUCUUUAAGAAUAACUCUUACGAUUGAGCUUUAUAGGAUGUUUUGCAAAUGUCACUGGGUAAAUAAAAGUGGAGAGGGUCUUAUUAAAAUAAAACCUUUGCUUGAUGGUUUAACCCAUGAAGUAAUGAAACAGAACAUUAAAAAGUAGUUUGGCGUAGGUUACCUUAAACAUCGUAAAUUCACAACCCUUCAGGGUAAGAGGACAUUGGCUAAAAUGGGCCUCCAUUAAAAGGACAGUAAUGAUUUAUUACAGCUUGAGUAAUCUACGUAAAUAUUUCAGAUUUAUUUUCCCCAAUUUGGACAGUUAUAAAACGAAAUAGAUUUGCUUUGGUCAAUCCUGAUUUCCUGUAGCACUCCUGGCAGCGUGGCUCAUCAGGGCUGUCCACUAGGGCUACGUUUGCAUGAUGUUAACCUUACAAAGCCAAAAAGGAUGGUGUCAAAUCAGGACACUAUCAGAUUUAUUUUGUCCAAACCCAUAUAAUUACAGUUUUCACCAACAUUGUUCAAAAUUACUUUAUAUAAGCUUGUAGACAUUUUUCCUUUCUCAUUUAUAAUCAUGUCAACUAAAGCUCUCUGUAAUCAAAUGUGAUAUUUAAAGUGUAAAUUUUUCAGCACAUGUUAAGUUGGAAGUCUAAAGUUUAUUUACAUCGACAAGUAAUGCUUAAAAAAGAACAGAUGCAGCCCAAUAGAUGUAAUACUCGUUUUACAAUUAAUAAUUUGGGUUUUUUCCAGAAACCUGAACUAUCCAUUGUAUAUAGUUAAUUAAGAAAUUACUGCAGACAUCCCAUUAACAUAUUGCUACUCCUAUAUUAUAGAGAAACAACCUUACCUGGUUAGGCUGUUUGUCUAUAGAAGAGGAUUAGGUAUGGUUCAGGUCUGUAAUAACAGUACUGUCCUUGCGGCGGCUGCAGAUUGUAUUAGCAGCAAUGCCUUAAUGGCAUACUAUUGUUCAAAAUGACUGGGAAAGAAUCAAUUUCUAGCCAGUGUCCUCCUUUCCCUAUGAGACUGAAACAGCUUUCCUGUGUUCCUUCAUGUCUAAUCUCUGUGCUGUUCUGUGACGCUAACAAAAUACUCAAAACAAACCUCCCCUACUGUGAUUUGUGGCUUUGUCCUCUCAGGGUGACUGGAAAUAAAAAUACUAUAUGGAAGAAAUGUUACAUGUCUCUAUCAGAGUGUGAGAACUUAAGUACCACACAUUUGUUACCUUCGAUAUGGUAGUAGAUUUAAUGUUUUCUUUCCUCACUCUGUUCGU